GCAGAAAGAAGCGUGACUGCGAAGGGGGGAGAGACGCAACAACUCCAUGCCUGCCGCGGCUUCUUCUUCUUCCUCAACGGGGGAUACUUCUGCUCACAAAUGAACUUAAAAGCGGCGCAUUUCACAGACAAAGAGGGAGACAACAUUUCUUCUCUCCGUCUUUUCCCUCUCUCUCUCUCCCUCUUGUUGGCAACGACGCCGAACACUUGAGCGAGGCUGACGUUAACCCGUUAGCGGCAGCAGCGAACCGGAGCUGCCACGAAUAGAUCCACAGUAGAUCCACGACCCCCCUCCCGGUGUCGGCUGACCGGGAAUAGGACCUCGUGUUUCUCCGGAGGUGGACUCCUAUCUUUCCCACCUGUGCUUUUUGUUUUAAAUGUCUUUCUUUUCACACGCUCGGCUGUAACUCCUCUGGUUGGUGGCUGUUAAUUGCAGAAAGUGGAUUGCUUCAAACUAGUGAAGUCGGGACUAAACGCGACGCUUCUUCAGAUAAAGAGAGAAAUGCAAAAGACGGCGACAAAGAGGAGAUUCAAAACAGAGCGCGUGUGAUAUCAUAUGUCCUCCGAGUGGUCCACACAUAUAACAAGAGGGUGGGACACAGCAGAUGCAAAUUUUCUCCAUCCACUCCAGUCUUGCUUUUCAAGAGGAAGUUGAAUGGAUUGGUUACACUUUGCACAAGGUGUUAGUUUUUGAUCCUGUCAGAGUGGGACGCGUCUAGCAGCAGGGACUGAGGAGGGAGCAGUGCCAACUUGGAGCAUGGUGCCUAACAUUCACCUGGCAGGGCCCCUCCUGCACAGAGGGGCGUUGCUGUUUCUGCUCCUUCUCGGCUCCGAGGUGAUCUCUUCUCUGGCAGACAGCAAGCCGAGUUUUGUCAAAACCCCCGAGGACCAGACUGGCGUCUCGGGUGGGGUUGCAUCAUUUGUGUGCCAGGCCACAGGAGAACCCAAGCCUAGAAUCACCUGGAUGAAGAAGGGCAAGAAAGUCAGCUCUCAGCGCUUUGAGGUGAUUGAAUUCGAUGAUGGCUCGGGGUCAGUACUGCGGAUCCAGCCGCUGCGCACCCACAGAGACGAAGCCAUUUAUGAGUGCACAGCCACAAACAGCGCUGGGGAGAUCAACGCCAAUGCCAAGCUAACAGUGCUGGAAGAGAACCAGAUCCCACACGGCUUCCCCGUCAUUGACAUGGGGCCUCAGCUAAAAGUGGUCGAAAAAACCCGCACUGCCACGAUGUUGUGCGCUGCAAGUGGAAACCCGGACCCGGAGAUCUCGUGGUAUAAGGACAUGCUCCCCGUGGACAUCAACAGCAGCAAUGGGCGCAUCAAACAGCUUCGUUCAGGUGGUACACCAAUUAGAGGAGCUCUGCAAAUUGAGAACAGUGAGGAGCCGGAUCAGGGGAAAUACGAAUGCGUAGCCAUGAACAGCGCUGGGACCCGGUACUCUGCACCUGCCAAUCUCUACGUCAGAGUACGAAGAGUCCCACCUAGAUUCUCUAUUCCACCCACCAACCAAGAAGUCAUGCCAAGUGGCAGUGUCAACUUGACGUGUGUAGCGGUGGGCUCACCCAUGCCCUACGUCAAGUGGACCAUGGGGCUGGUGGAGCUGACCAAGGAGGAGGAGAUGCCGCUGGGACGCAAUGUUCUGGAGGUCACCAACAUCCGAGAGUCAGCCAACUACACGUGUGUGGCCAUCUCUUCUCUGGGCAUGAUUGAAGCCACGGCACAGGUUACCGUCAAAGCCUUACCGAAGCCCCCCACCUCCCUCACCGUGACUGAAACCACUGCCACCAGUGUGACGCUUACGUGGGAUUCUGGAAACCCAGAACCCAUAUCGUACUACAUGAUCCAAUACCGAGCCAAGUCCUUGGACAAUGGCUUCCAAGAGGUGGAGGGCGUGGCAACCACACGCUACAGCAUUGGUGGACUCAGUCCAUACUCCGAGUACGAGUUCCGCGUCAUGGCCGUAAACAACAUCGGCCGUGGGCCGCCCAGCGACCCCGUGGAGACACGCACUGGCGAGCAGGCGCCUUCGUCGCCACCCCUCCAUGUCCAGGCCCGCAUGCUGAGCGCCAGCACAAUGUUGGUCCAGUGGGAGGCUCCUGAGGAACCCAAUGGACAGAUAAGAGGUUACCGGGUGUACUACAGCUCCGACAUGACGGCCCCGCUCAGUGCCUGGCAGAAACACAACACAGACGACAGCAGCCUAACAACCAUCUCAGGGCUGACGCCUGAUAUCACCUACAGCCUGAGGGUCCUGGGCUUCACCUCCGUAGGUGACGGACCACCCUCCGACAUUCUGCAAGUCAAAACACAGCAGGGAGUUCCCGCUCAGCCGUCCAGUUUUGAGGCCGAAGCUGAGCUCGACACCCGGAUCUCGUUGACUUGGCUGUGGCCCGUUCAGGACCAAAUCACCAAGUAUGAGCUGCAGUACUGGGAGGCUGGCACAGACAGCAAGAAACACGUGACGUUCAACCCAGCAGGCUCCUUUUCUGUGGAUGGUUUAAAGCCUGACACCAUGUACUAUUUCUCCUUGGCAGCCCGCUCUGAAAUGGGUUUGGGCGUCUACACCCAGCCCAUCCAGGCCCGCACUGCUCAGUCCACUCCCUCUGCCCCACCUCAGGAAGUUCACGUGGUCAGCCUGACCUCCACAAGCCUCCAGGUGAGUUGGGUGGCGCCACCUGCUGACAGCCGCCACGGUGCCAUCGUGCGCUACACAGUCAGCUACCAGGCUCCAGACGGAGAGGACACGGAGCGGCACAAUGUGCCUGACAUCGGUGCAGACGCCACCAGCUGUGUGCUGGAAGGCCUGGAGAAGUGGACUGAGUAUGAGGUGUGGGUGAGGGCACACACUGAUGUGGGCCCAGGCCCUGAGAGUGCCCCAGUCAAGAUGAGAACCAAGGAGGAUGUGCCAGGAGCCCCUCCAAGAAAGCUAGAAGUUGAGGCCGUAAACUCCACAGCCAUCCGGGUUACCUGGAAGCCUCCCAUACAGGUGAAGCAGCAUGGACAAAUCAGGGGCUACCAAGUAAUCUUUUCCCGGCUGGAAAACGGAGAACCACGAGGCCAACCUAACAUCAUGGAUGUUGCUUUGCCAGAGGCACAGUGGAAUAUUGAAGAGUCCACCGAGCAUGAAGCUGUUAUUGGUGGACUGCAUGCUGAAACCACCUACUCUGUCACCGUUGCCGCUUACACCACUAGGGGCGACGGAGCUCGGAGCAAAGCUAAAGUCGUCACUACGACUGGAGCAGUGCCAGGCAAACCCACUAUGAUGAUCAGCACCACUAUGGGCAACACAGCACUGAUCCAGUGGCAGCCUCCCAAGGAGAUGGUGGGGGAGCUGAUGGGCUACCAGCUGCAGUACAAGCGCACCGACGAAGAGACUUUCACCUCGCUAGAGCUGAGCAAAACCAAAGACCACCACACCGUCACCGAGCUGUACAAAGGUGCAACCUACGUCUUCCGCCUCAGCGCACGCAACCGCGCCGGUGCUGGCGAGGCCUACGUGAAGGAGAUCAGCACCCCUGAAGACGUGCCCACGGGCUUCCCGCUCAACCUCAAAGUCACCGGGCUCACCCAGUCUAGCACGCAGCUCACCUGGGAGCCCCCGAAUCUGAAAGAAAGGAACGGCAAGAUAACUCACUACAUGGUUGUGUACAGGGACAUAAACAAUCAGCAAGACAACACCAGCCGCACGACAGACACACACCUGACUAUUGAAGGCCUCAACCCCGACACCACCUAUGACAUCCGCGUGCAGGCUUUCACCAGCAAGGGCGCUGGCCCCCUCAGCCCCAGCAUCCAGAGCAGGACCAUGUCGAACGAUUUCCCAACCCUUAACUUUGGUGUCAAAGCAGUCACAAAAACAUCUGUGCUCCUCACCUGGGACUUGCCGGAAAACUAUAAAUCUCAGGCUCCAUUUAAGAUUCUGUACAACCAACAAAGCGUGGAGGUGGAGGGAAACCAAAAGAGGAAGCUGAUCAUUCAGCUGCAGCCGGACACCGACUACUCCUUUGUACUGACAAGCAGGGGCUUAAUUGCUGGAGGUCUUCAGCAACAGGUGUCCAUCCGCACCGCCCCUGACCUGAUCAAAACCAAGCCCAUUACCCAGAUGUCUCAGGGUGGCAAAAUGGCCAUCAACCUGCCUAAAGUUCAGACCACCACCCGUGUCAGAUGGUAUUACAUCGUGGUGGUGCCGCGAAUCCAGUCGAUGCAGCGGUGGAAGAAUCCAGACGAGAUUGACCUGGAAGAGCUGCUCAGAUCCAGAGAAGGUCCGGUCCUGAGGCGUAGACGUCACGUGGAGCCCCCCAGGGCAUACGUCGCAGCCAAAUUGGCUUACCUGCCGACAACCUUUACACUGGGAGAUGACAAGGAUUACAUGGGCUUCAGAAACAAGCCCCUGACUAACCACCAGGAGUACCUCUGCUUUGUCGUGGCAGUACUACGAAAUGAGGGAACGGACAGCACAGCUAAUUACAUUACUUUUUCCGCCAGCCCAUACUCUGACCCAAUUCAGAUCACAACAAACAUGGCCCAAGGGAUGGAUCAGCCUGAAAUGCUGUGGGUUAUGGGUCCCGUGCUGGCAGUGGUCGUCAUCAUCAUCAUCGUCAUCGCCAUCCUUUUGUUCAAAAACAAACAGGCAAGAAAGCGGGCGUCACCGUUACCGAAAGAUGAACACUCAGGCGGCGUGAAGGACUCGCUGUUGGCCAACUCCUCCGACCCUGUAGAGAUGAGAAGACUCAACUACCAGACACCAGGUCCCAGCUCUCAUCGCUGCCCCAACACUCCAAGAAUGAGGGAGCACCCACCAAUUCCCGUCAUUGACCUGGCUGACCACAUAGAGCGACUUAAGGCCAACGACGGCCUCCGCUUUUCCCAGGAGUAUGAGUCUAUUGAUCCAGGCCAGCAGUUUACCUGGGAAAACUCCAACAUGGAAGUGAACAAGCCAAAGAAUCGCUAUGCAAACGUUAUCGCCUAUGACCACUCCAGAGUGGUCCUCACCUCUGUUGAUGCUGUUCCUGGCAGCGACUACAUUAACGGCAACUACAUUGAUGGCUACAGGAAGCAGAAUGCUUACAUCGCCACUCAGGGGCCUCUGCCGGAGACCCUGAGCGACUUCUGGAGAAUGGUAUGGGAGCAGAGAUCCAACACCAUCGUCAUGAUGACCAGGCUGGAGGAGAAGUCGCGGGUGAAGUGUGACCAGUACUGGCCGUCACGAGGAACAGAGACAUACGGGAUGAUCCAGGUUACGAUGCUGGACACUGUAGAGCUGGCAACCUACAGCGUCCGAACCUUCGCCCUAUACAAGAAUGGCUCCAGCGAGAAGAGAGAGGUGAGACAGUUCCAGUUCAUGGCCUGGCCCGACCACGGGGUGCCCGAGUAUCCCACACCCAUCCUGGCCUUCCUACGGAGGGUGAAGGCCUGCAAUCCUCCAGACGCGGGGCCCAUGGUGGUCCACUGCAGUGCUGGCGUUGGCAGGACCGGCUGCUUCAUCGUGAUCGACGCCAUGCUGGAGCGCAUAAAGCACGAGAAGACUGUGGACAUUUACGGCCAUGUGACGUGCAUGCGUGCCCAGAGGAACUACAUGGUCCAGACCGAGGACCAGUACAUCUUCAUCCACGAAGCUCUCCUGGAGGCCGCCACCUGCGGCAACACAGAGGUGCCAGCACGCAACCUGUACGCCCACAUCCAGAAACUCACGCAGCCGCCGCCCGGCGAGACGGUCACUUCCAUGGAGUUGGAGUUCAAGAGACUGGCCAACUCCAAAGCCCACACGUCACGCUUCAUCAGCGCCAACUUGCCCUGCAACAAGUUCAAGAACCGACUGGUCAACAUCAUGCCUUUUGAGUCCACCCGUGUCUGCCUGCAGCCCAUCCGCGGCGUCGAGGGCUCCGACUACAUCAACGCCAGCUUCAUUGAUGGCUACAGACAGCAGAAAGCCUACAUCGCCACACAGGGACCCCUGGCUGAGACCACCGAGGAUUUCUGGAGGAUGCUGUGGGAGCACAACUCCACCAUCGUGGUCAUGCUCACCAAGCUACGAGAAAUGGGCCGGGAGAAGUGCCAUCAGUACUGGCCAGCAGAGCGUUCUGCCAGGUACCAGUACUUUGUGGUGGAUCCAAUGGCUGAGUACAAUAUGCCUCAGUACAUCCUCAGAGAAUUCAAAGUCACAGAUGCCAGGGAUGGACAAUCCAGAACAAUCCGCCAGUUCCAGUUCACCGACUGGCCCGAGCAGGGAGUGCCAAAAACUGGAGAGGGCUUCAUCGAUUUCAUUGGACAAGUGCACAAAACUAAGGAGCAGUUUGGACAGGACGGACCAAUCACUGUGCACUGCAGUGCCGGGGUAGGCAGGACAGGAGUUUUCAUCACCCUCAGCAUCGUGCUGGAGCGGAUGAGGUACGAGGGAGUGGUAGACCUCUUCCAGACGGUGAAGACGUUGCGCACCCAGCGGCCUGCCAUGGUGCAAACUGAGGACCAGUACCAGCUGUGCUACAGGGCAGCACUGGAGUACCUGGGAAGCUUUGACCACUAUGCAACGUAACCACUCCCACCGAAGCAGCUUUCCCCGGUCAGACCUCUCAGGAGUGUGCCAAGUGUCCCAUCUCAGCCGCCAUCCUUCCAAUCACUUGACCCCCCCACCCAAACCCUCGACCCCUGGCUCCUGCCUCGCAGCUACCGGAGAGGUGGAGAACGGGCCGAGUUUGCCGUCAUUCGUCAAGGGUUUUUUCAACCAAUUACAGAGAUAUACGUCGAGAUCACCAACCGCCCAAUAUUUUUGCUUUAAUGAUGACAGAAACAUCAGAGACUAUGACAAACAUGACAACUCUUGUACAGACGUGACAGAGCAGACUCCCGUCGAAGCCAAACCUCCCUGAUUGUCAAAGGCUACUGGUAGCACAAAGAGAGCAUCCUCUCAGUUUUCAUUUUGUCAAUAUGAUUCAUUAAGACAAGUUAUUGUUUAAUAUACUUUUAUGUGUUGUUUUUAAUUAAUCGUUUUAACACCAGACAUUUCUUUAUCGUCACAAACUGCUCAGAGUGGAACAAGCAUUAUAUUCAUAAUUGUUUUUAGGGUACUUUAGCACACAGGGACAUGUGUUUUUAACAUGUCUCUCGAUACUAAUGCAAGAGGACCACUGUUCUCUAAGCUGCUGUCAGGAUUCUUUCACCACAGGAUGUUUCUUUGUUUUAUGUUCUAAAAGUUCCUUAUGGUCGUUGUCAGUUCAACAACUCCAAUUGCCUUUUUCACUUGCCGUUACGAAAAUCAACUUUGAGAUUUGAUUCGAGAAUACAGACUUGCUGUAGUCGUCCCUCUGUAAUCGCAGCAGAUAGCUGAAACACAAGUCAAAAGAGGUGCACCGAAAUGCGAAGCACAUUAUUUCUGUUAAUGUUUUUUUUUAAGGUUUGUUUUUCAUCAGAAGCCUAUGGCAUUGAGGCCUUCAUGCUCCACAGCGGAGAACUUACCUGAAGAGAGCAGGCUUUUGUACCUAAAGCGUUGGCGAGGGGAAAAUAUAAACUCACGAUCUCUGAAUAAAAGUCGAGAUGCUCUUCAAGUUCCUCCCCGUCGCCUCACUUGCGGCUGAGCCCGGUGGGGUUUGCCGGGGUCGGAGUGACGCGGAGCGGAAGUGGUUCGUUAUGGGUUGGGGAGCAGAGCCAUCAGCAUUGGUACUUGUACAGAAUCAACCAUUCCUACAGAGGGACAGAAACUCAGCCCUUUGGAUUGAAACCUGAUAUUUUAUACAGAAAUAAAACUAUAAAUAUAUAUAUAUACACAUAUAUAUAAUUAUGACUGAUUAUAUAUAUGUACAAUUACACAGAUAUAUACACAGCUUCAAAAAUAUAUUGUUAGAAAGGAAUAAUUCUGCUGAUCUACCUAGAGACACUUCAGAGAGCCUGCUGUCCUAGAGUGUGUAUUAAUGGAGACACCAUUGUAUCUACUGUACUACCAUUGUAACUUCAACAGCUGGUUGUCCACGUGAGGAAACAGCACAACCUCCCCCCCCCCAACCAUCAUCAAAUCGGGCAAGCACACACCUACUACAUGACCCACGGAACCAGGACCGGAUCGGGGGGGGGGGACUUGAAAAACGUUGGCAAAAACAAAAAAAUGUUCAUAUCUACCUUGUGAAUGCUUAGUGCUGUAGGGGUUCAAUCUGUUGUACACACAGUCUGUUUUCUAUCUGUUGAUAAAGAACUGGAACUAAAGAAUCAUGUUGAUGAAAAAGAAAAACCUUGAUGUUAAUAAAGUUAAAUAAUUGGGUUUUUGUACAAAGAACGGCUUUGGAUGCUUUGAUUCUUGAUUUGAAAUCUUACAACACAUGCAUGGUAAAAGUAUGUACACCUCAAAAUGGUUUUCAGUUUUGCUUCUGCACCAAACAACCACAGGAAGGUUUGUCUGAUUUAUUUGCCAAUCAUUUCCAAAAAAUGCUUUUGAGUUUUUAAUGUGACCUUUCUCUGUGUAAAAAGCCUUAAAUGUCAUUUAGUCUUUUGUUGUAUGAGUAUAAUCUCAGGCUGAACCAUUCUUUGAUGUGGACUUUUAUUCAGAGAAGAAGAAGAAUCACUAACAGUUCCUAUAAAAUAAAUGUAACUAAAGCAUUUUUGUAAAAUAAAAACACUCAAUUAAACACUUAAUCAAAAUGA